AUGUCGCAUUAUUGUUUUUUGUUGUCUAAAAAAACAGGUACAAAUCGAACUGAUUAUGAAGAGGAAUCAUUCAAUAGUAAUGUUGUUGACUCGCCCGGUGGGAAAACCAAGUUGUGGAAACCUAUUGUUCCUAAAGAAUUUAUGCCAGAUGUAGAUGCUACUUAUCAAUCAUUAGAGGAGGCGGUUGAAAUGUAUAAAUUAUAUGCAGAUAAAGCAGGUUUUGGUGUCAGAUCAGCUGACACUUCGGAUCCUGAGGGAAGUGGAAGGAAUAAACGAAACUCAAACUUCAAAAUCACGGACUGCAAGGCAUUGAUAAAGUUUGAAAGGUUACAUAUGCGAACUAAUGCUUGUAAAAUAUAUGAGUUUGAAGAGAAUCACAACCACCCCCUAGAAACUAAAGAAGACAGAUGGUAUUCCAAACGUGCACGACGACUUAGUUAUAAAGACAAGGAGUUUAUAGUGCAUUCUUCAACAUCUAACAUUGGUGCAACAAAGGCACAUAAGUUACAAGCUAGUUUGCAAGGAAGUUAUGAAAACGUUGGCCCUGAAGCAAUUGAUUAUAAAAAUUUUAGAAGGAAGAUGGGAAACAUUAUAGGUGACAAGGAUGCACAGCUGGUUGUUGACAAAAUGAACAUGAGGAAAGAUGAGUUACAUAACUACACAUUUGAGUAUAAAUGUGUUGAUAGUGUGUUAAACGCAAUGUUUUGGGCGGAUGAAACCAAUAAGUUAUAUUACAAAGAGUUUGGAGAUGUGAUCUCAUUUGAUGCUACAUUCCGAACAAAUAAGUAUGGAAUGAUUUUUGUGCCGUUUACAGCCAUUGAUAACCACAAACGUUCAAUAAACAUUGGAGCAGUCUGGUACUAUUCUAUCGACAGUGAUGAAAAGAUUGAUGGGUGGCAAGUUGUUAUGAUUACACAAAUGGAUAAGAGCAAACAAUUGAAGAUAAAAUGCAAGGUUGAACUAAAGUUGCUUGAAAAAGAAGUUAAAUGUUCAUGCAAUCACUUCAUACGUACUGUCAUUUUGUGUCGUCAUAUUUUUGUUGUAUUGAAAAACAACCAUGUUGAAGAGAUUCCAGAGCAAUAUAUUCUAAGAAGAUGGAGAAGGGAUGCAAUUUCCAGCCAUUUGCUUGCCAUGAAACAUGUUGACAUGGAAACAGAAGAUGACACCUUUAAACUUCUAACAGAGGCAUACAACAAUGUUGAAUACUGCUUGGAUCAUUUCAAAAGAAGCAAGGAAAAAUUGUUGGAAUUUGUUGAAAAAACACGUUAG